AUGCUCUUCUGUUUGUUGAAAAAGAAACAAAUGGGUGCAAAAUUGGUAAAGGUUGUUGGACCAUCUGAUCAACUUGACAUGGUUGGUUACUGGCUUGCAAUGAAAGAGGUAGCAAGCUUCAAGAAGGUGAGUAUUCUGGAACUUUGUGCCAAAACUGUUGCUGCCAGAGGAUGUGAUGCUGUUUGGAAGCUAAAAAAUAUGUACAAUCAACCAAGGCCGGAAGCUGGUGUUUGGUGCAAAACUGUGGGUGAAGAUGCCUUCUGGAACGUCCCACCGCCUGAGUUUAGUCGUCCAUUUUACCCCUUCCACCGCUUCGCCCCAUCUACGCUAUGUCUCCAGGACCACCAAUCGAUAGCCUUUGAGCCAUCGACAACCGCGGAGGAGGUUGAGAAGAUCAUCUGCUUCGGAGUCGCCAACGCGUUGAUUUUGAAUCAACGUCGUCGUCGCCAUCGCCACUGUCGUCAAAAAUCGUUGAUAGAUGUUUCAGAUGGCGUCAUGCAUGUGUUACUUUGUCGCCUGAUUUUAGGGAAACUCGAACCAAUUCCUUUUGGUUCACAAAUCGAUCAACCGACAUCAACAGAGUUAUCAAUGUCAUUUUUUUUUGUUGACGCUAUUUCUCAUUUAAAUUCUAUAAUGGAUAUUAAUUUCUUUUUACUCUCAUUUUGUCCAACUGUUGUUCCCUUCAAUGGGUCCGAUAUAGAAUGUGUUACCAAACAUGGGACCUCCACCAUCAGGCAUACAACAAACAAGGAUGCCCGCCCCCAUAAACGGGACAUUAUUUCAACGGUGGAUUCAUUCACAUAUUUGGGUACAGAGUACCCUCAUUUUAGAUGUUGCAAUGUGACAAUCACAGCUGAGGUUAUUUCAAAGACUAGAAGUCGUGAGAUCUUGAAGCUUGUCAGUGAGUUAUACAAGCAAUCUCAUCUGGGAAACAUGUUAUUGGCUUACGAUGGAAAGAAGAGUGCAUUUGCUGCUGGCCCUCUUCCAUUUGAAUCCAAAGAAUUUGUGGUGUGA